GUCAAGUUAAGUGAAAAAAAAUUUAGAAGACUUAGUGUGAGAUAUGACAAAAUUAACAGAACACACUGUCCUUGCUCGGACUAGGGCACAGGAUUUGAGGAGUGUCAGAAAGUUGAAUGCAUGGGGAAGUGAGCUUACUGAUGUCAGCAUUGUGAAAAAAUUGCCAAAUGUAGAAGUUUUGUCCUUAAGUGUUAAUUCCAUAUCUAGCCUUGAAGACUUUUCCCACUGUGAUAAUCUUCAAGAGUUAUACAUUCGAAAGAACAACAUCUCUGAACUCGGGGAAAUCAGACAUCUGAGAGAUCUUCCUAAACUUCGCAAUUUAUGGCUAGCAGAUAAUCCCUGUGCUGAAAGUGAAGAUUAUCGACUAACAGUGAUUCGUGCCUUACCCCAGCUGCAGAAACUCGACAAUAUGCCUGUUCGUCCUGAUGAAAUUGAAUCUGCUAAAAAACAUGGCUCACCGCUUGAGCUUCUGAUUCCUAAGGAAGAAGAACCAGAACCCUCCCCAACUCCACAAGUUUCUGUGCAUACCACAUCAACAUCCAUCAGUUAUGAAGAGAAGUCAGUUUCCUAUUCAGAUUCCUUCACAGUUGAAAGUUCUGCAAUAUCUCCUGCAGUCACACCUUCUGCCAUUCCUAAUAGAGCCAAACAAACUGAAUUUAUGAAUCACAGCUCACACAAUAACUUGGCAGAAAAAGUGUCUCCCGAGUUUCCUUACCCUGACAGAGAUGAGUUAGUGCAGAAAAUGAAUUCUGCAGAUUCCAGCCCUGGAACUGCCAGUUCAAGCUUUGCCUGCAGAUUCCAGGAGAGUUUUGAAACAAGCCAAGACAUCGAACCUGCACCUGAAACUCCUUCCAGCACAACAGCAAAAGAGCAUUUUUCUCCAAAAUGUGCGUAUCCCCCUCCUUACUCGAGCCGAAUACAGCAGCGUUGCGAAAGGCCGUCGGCAAUACGCAUGCUGCCUAAAGGAGGAAAAAGCAGGGCUGCAAAUAUUUUAUCUGCUGUUCUAUGUUUGAUAAAAGAAUUAGACUGGGCAAGUUUAGAAGUUGUGGAUACUGCUAUUCAUUGCCAAAUGGAGGAAUUAGAAGAGCAAAACUCAUCAUAA